AGUAAUGGGCGGGGCCAGCGCCGCCAAAGGCACGGGGGCGUUUUCGUGCGGGUUUGCGGACUGGGCCGUUGCGGUGAAUGCGUGAUUGAGGUCCCACAGCUAAUCAUCAUCCCCCCUUUUUGGGGCCGGAGUGCACGGCGCGGAGGAGCAGCCGGAGCAGGUAACAUCCCAUAUACUGCCUCUAAUCUGUGCCUGUGUGAACGGUGUCAGUGUGUGGCUGGCUGUGCAUUGAUAUUGCCAUUGUCGCUUCAUCUGUCCUGGCUUUUUUCCGCUCGUGGAGGGCGGGAUGGAGUCAGACAGAUGGGGGCAAUGAUUAAAAAAAUGCUCUUGUCUAAUCAAAUGUGUUCAACGCCUGCGGGUAGCUCACAGAUCAUGACAUCUCAUUUGAUGCGUUGCCAAGGUAAUUUGGGACAAUGACCGUGGAAAAAUGAGAGGAAAUUUCAGUCAAACCAUUGUCAGUUUUUGUUGUUAUCAUUGUAUGUCCGCCUUUGUGAAAGAAAAAUAACAGCCUUUCGAAACAGAGCCAGCUGAACAGCAGUAGGCCUGUUCCUACAAAGAAAAACAGCCUUUCAGGAUUUUUAAGAUAAGAUAGGAUGAGAUGGGGUUUAUCAAAUGUAGGCUAAGCCGACAGGACCUGAGAUUUUAAAUCUGUGGUCUAAAACAUCAUUUGAUCAUCUUUGAAAAUGUCAUUCCUGCUGGCAAGGUUGUUCACAGCUUGCUCUGAGUUAUAAGAGUAGAUUUUUGUCUUUGUAGAGACAAGUGCAGGGCCAAGACUGUCAUGUAUCCAUGAAGAAAGCAAUGACAAUAACAGCAUGGCCCUCCAAUACAGACACAAACACAUGCACACUCGCAUUCAGUGGGAUUAAAAGAGAGAUUUUCACAAGCAUUUGCCAGUCUUCAUCUGACUUGUGAGAAGGAAUCUGUUGCUACAGAGUUCAGCUGUGUUUAAAAUAGAUUUAAGUGCUUUUCAUGGCAGGGACUCUAAACUGCAGCCACGGUAAAAACCUGAACACUUUAUUUAUUGAUAAAGACUAUUUGCAGGAUCUAGUACCUAAAAAGCCUCAGUGCACGAUGUGUGAGUGUGUUUUUAGCUUGUGUAUUCUGCAGCUUGCACAUCUACAAGUCAGUGCGUGUGUUUUUGAGUGUGUGUGUGUGUGAUGUGGUGAUGUCACAGCUUUGUUAUAGGAACAGAGAAGCCUUGUGUCCUCAUGAUUAAUUCAUGUCCAGCUGCGGGAUAGAGACACAAGCAGCCAGUCACACACACGACAGACAGGAGCACGUACUUUAAGGAGGAUGAAAUAAGUAACUACCGGUCUGGAAGCCAAGGAGACAGGAGAGACAGGUUGCCACGGAAAUGGGUAGCCAAGGAGACAAGACAAAAAAGCAAAAGGAAAAAAAAAAACAACGAAAAAGAAGGAGGUUCUCAUCUUUAUCUGCGGUGUGUGACAAGCUUUCAGGCUGUAGCUGGGAGGAGCAGAGCAUCCUGCUGAGAGGAGUGCAUCUGUUUCUGUGGUUCCUCUGCAUCCUUCUCCGGCUACACUCUGAAUGUCAAGCCCCACUGAACAGAACAGGCUCCAGGUCGUCAUGGAGACAGGAGCAGACCCCCAGCUGGAAACAGAGGCAGGUAGUCAGUGUGGCUUGGCCGGCCCUCUGUGUGCUGAGGCACGCCCUCUGCUGUCCGCCGGCAGCAUCAGGCAGGCCCAGAGGGGGGGCUCGGCUGAUGGAGCGUCUGAAGGUCUGAAUGGCUUUGGAUGUGAAACACUGUGGAAAUGAUAGGCGAGUACAGUGCAUUAGCUCUAUCCUCUGUGGAGUGCUUUAUUUCAAGACUUUGCUUUAGGCAUGUUCUCCUUCUGUUGCAGAGGAGACUGAGUGCAUCUGUAAACUGCCUGAGCCAGAAAUAUCAAGUUCACUGCUGGGUUUUAUCUAGAGAACGCCCACCGUUUCUCCUCCUUUUCUUAUACCCAUCCCUUCGUCAAUCACAGUGUCCAUUUCUUUGCUUUUAGAUUUACGCGCCAUAUUCAUCUCUGUUCGUCUUUCUAGUCUUUUUCUCGUCUCUCUCCCCCUUUUCUACCUCUUGCUGAUUCUCUUCUUCACUCUCUUUUGCUUUCCCAAUCCAACUUCCCCUGAUCUGUGUCCUCUCUCUGCCUCAAUCCCAGAUAAUUCCCUCUCUGUGGAAUUGGAAGAUUGCAGCAGGCGAGAGCAAAAGAGAGAUUAUACUGCCAGAUUAGUGGACAGGAGCAGCAAUACAUAAUCUCAGCUCACACACACACACACACACACACACAUAUAUCCACAGUGCCACUCUCUCGAUCGCAUGCAGACUCGUGAGUACACGUGCACAAAGCGUUUGCCACAUGAAUAAAUGCACGGGCACAUAAUCAGACACUUGUUGUUUGUCUGAAACAGCUGUUUAACCCUCCUGCUUUGCCCUCUGACCUGCAGGGUGAUGUGCCAUCAGCCACUGGGGGGCAUCUGUCCUCUCUGCAACUUGUUCAUCCUGUGAAGCUUAUGGGAUAGGAGUGUGUGUGCCCCUUCCCAACACUGCUGCCCCACUGGAGUCAUUUGUGCCAAAGCUGAGCUGCGAGGAAGGAGCAGAGAUGGGUAGCCCGGGCUGCGAGGUGGCUGUAGCCGGGCCGGUGGAGCCAGCGUUAGAGGCUCUGUGUCCUGAGUGCGGCCAGAUCCACCGCAGCUGGGAGAACCACCUCUAUAACUACCGUUUGGAGGUGGACGACGACCUGGUGUGCCACAUCUGUUUGCAGCCGCUGGUGCAGCCACUGGACACACCCUGCGGACACACUUUCUGCGCCCGCUGCCUGCGAAGCUUCCUUCAGGAGAGGGACUUCUGCCCACUGGACCGGACGAGACUGCAGCUGCAGGCAUGCCGCAGGUCCAGCAUCCUGGUGCACAAGCUCCUGGACAAGCUGUCUGUAUCGUGCCCUUUGACCCCAGUUUGCUCCCUCAGUAUGCCAAGAUGUGACCUGGAGGCACACCUGAAACACAGGUAAGAAAAACAGUGUAUAUAUAGGAGAGAUGAACGUCUCAGGAAUGCAAACACCCACACACACAAUUAGGACAAACCAAACCUUUAGUAGAUUAAAGACACCAGAUUAUAUGUUGGAGCUGCAACAGAAAAUAAGAUGAUUACUCUCAGACAUUAAAUUUUUCAAGCAAAAUUCCUCACACUGCUUUGGUGCCACCGUUUUCAAAGGGAAAUCUGCUCUUUUCUGAAGUCUUUUAUGAUAGUUAAAUUCAGAGUUUAGCAAUUUGAAUGGUUAGUUUGACAAAAAGGCUGCACUAACUGAUUUUUGACCCAGGCACAUGAUUGAAAGCUUUCUGACUGUAUUGAUAAUGACAAUAAGUGUUCAGCUGAAGAAAUCUGGAUAUGUCUUAUGUCGCAUCUGAAGCCAGUCCAUUCUCCUUAUUGGCUCGGAUCUUAUAGAAACUUCUUACAGUCCUCAGUCCAAAUCGCUUGACUUACCCACCAUCCUUAACCUCCAGAGUCUCAGUCCAUCCUCACGUCUUGGCUUUUGGCCCGUUUGGACCAGGUGCUGUGAAACCCUGAGGGGAUUAUUGGGUUGUAGGUCAUGUGAUGGGGAUUAGUGGUUCCCUACCGCAGUCAUGGGUUGGCUGACCAGGAGCUUCAUGUUCUCAGUCUGCAGUCAUGCUGAGCAACUUCAACACUAGGGACCUUUUUAACCAUUUCUUCUGUGAGACAGCCAAAGGCAACCCGGGUCUGUGGUGAGUCAAAAACGGCAAGAUGUGAGGAUAACGCGGCCAGUGGUGUCUCAAUUGUGUGUCUAUCACUGGUGUCUUUGGGCUUUUGUUUGGCAGCGUCUUGACUCUUGCUCUGUAUUUUUUCUGUUGUGUGGUCUUGCACUGAGAAGCAGGCAGUGUUUAUUUAUCUAACUUUCCAGUCCUCAUAAGGCUGCCAGGUCUGGUUUUGUUGCAUGGGUUGAAGUACAGUAGAGUGAAUAAUGCAGAUGAGAGAUCAGGGCAGGUACUUGGAUCAGUUACGGCGCAGACCCUGAUUUAAUUAUGUGUUUAAAAAUCCUUUAUCUUUAUAUGUGUACAAACUUGGCUAUUUUAAUGAUAAUACUCAGCGUUAUUGAUUUUAGAAGCAAACUUUCACUCUGUCUGCAGCUAAGCAGCCAUCCAUCGCUUAUUGACUGGAUAUCCUGUCUCCAUCUAACACCUCGGCUCAGUCAAGCAGAUUUUCCGUAACAAGCUCACACUAACAAGAUCGCUAACAUGCUGUUAAAAGCUUUUGUGAGUCAGCUGUUUAUACAGGAGACCCCCGCCACAGACAGAAGAUAUUAUGUCUAUGAAGCAGCUGAAGGGAACUUUUUCAACCUGAUGGGUGCUCUGGAUGCGAGGGAUGAUUGUGGGAUGAAUAAUAAUCCACAGAGUGACAGUGGUGCUUGUGGAGAUGGGUCAAAAUAACACCAAAUUGCCCUUUAGAGAAAGUCAUUAAGAAUGAUAUCAGUCUAAAUUGAGGUAGCAUUAUCUAAGCUAACAUUAGCCACCUUAAGCUGUAAAGCUGUAGCAGCUUAACUCCUGAGUGUAUUAAAGUGAGUAAGGGUUUGUUGCUUUGACUUUUCGUUUGUGGGAGGAGAAGGUUUUAUUUUAUCUUUUAAAGUCACAUUUAAGUGCAAAAUGAAAAGGUAAGACAUUUCCUAAAUCUGUACACUGCAAAAGAGCCAAUCUUUAGUGAGUGUUUUGUCUUAAUUCCUUGUUGAAAUAUGGCAUUACACUAAAUCACAACCACAUUCACGUGACAAGUCCAGAUAUAAAUUCUUAUUGCAGCUUGGUACAAGCAAAAAUAAGCUGAAAUUGCUUAUUUGUUUAAUGAGUAGAAAUAGCUGCCAGUGCAGCAGAUUACAUUUACAUUUUGAGUUUCUUAAAUGAGAUGCUUCUUCAAGAAAAUUUACAAAAAUAAAGUCAAACUUGAAAAUAGCUUCAAGUGGUUUUAAACUUUAUUUCACAAGGAAACCUGGCUAUCCUAAGGCUAUCUGGCCUGUCCUGUUCAGUAAGAUUUUUAUCAAAAUUUAGAAAAAAACACUUGGUAGAAUUAUAAUAGUUAUUAUUUUUGCAUUGAGGGACUUUUGUGAAGGUUCAGGAUGUCUUUGCUUCAGUCUUUAAUUACAGUUUUCUUAUUCAGGCCUGUUAAUCAUAACAUCAACAGAUGGCUACAUCUGAGUGAAGGCUGCACACAUCAUGCUGUGUGCAGAAGACAAGGGAAGAUGGUUUAAGAUGGAUCAAACAAGGUCACUGUGCGGACCUACGUGACAUUCUUUGGUAAAGAUUAAACCUCUGUUAACCACGUGCAACCACUGCUCCCCUAACGUGAAGACUUAAGUUGAAGAUAGCAACAGGAGCCAAGAGGCUGUUGUUGCUAUGCGACUUGGACAGUCAGCAUUGUUUAUGUUGACGAUUAAGGAUCACUGGGCAUUAGAUUACAAGCAGAGAGUGCCAGGCCGCAGUGCUGCACAGUGGUCAAGGUGGGCCGGUCAAUCUCUUUACUGAAGGUGUGUGUGCGUGCGUGCGUGUGUGUGUGAGCUGAUUGCAGUGUUUCUAAGUCAAAGUAGUCCAAUUAGAGUCUUUAUAUGAGCAUUACCUGUGAAAUGUUCAUACAACUUCAACUGAAAUGUAUGUUUUUAUCUCACAAUUGUGUGCAGUGGAAAAUACUUUAGGGUAAAUAGAUAUAAAAAGAGAAUUAAAUCAGAAAGAAAGUAGAAAAUGAUUAGACCAAACAACAACACAAAUGGUGUUCGUUGACUGUUUCUAUUCUGCAGGAGUAAAGGGUCAUGGGACAGCAAUAUUUCUUUUGUCUUGGGAGGAUAAACAGAGGCUUUUCAUUACAUCAGCUAGCUCAUAGUGUAGCUGCUUCUGAGAGUAACUACUUCAGUCAAUUAGGGGCUGGACCGCACUGGUCCUUUGAGUCUGUCUGUCUGUCUCAGUUUAUUUUUAAUCAUUUUCCUGUGAGGAGUUUCUAUUUGUGGGACAGAAGCGAUGCAUCCGCUUUCAGCUGAUUUGAGUGUAUUUUUGGGGAGAGAACUCAGAAUUGCUAGACUAUUUUUGGGUAUAACCUAUAUGUUAUGAUCCAGUGAUUUAUUAUCAGUGAUUUUAGCUUCUCUUUUGCAUUUUUCUGUUUUAUUUAACAGCAAAUUCAACAGCUAUAGUACUUUGUACAGGAUGUUUAGAAUUGUUUAAGAAUAAAUUUAGAGGUAAGCAGUUAUAAAAAUAUUAUUAUCAGCCAGUGCAUGUGCUUUUUACAUUAAAAGCAUUCAAUUAAAUGCAUUUCACACAAUAUACACAUGGUUACUUGUGCACAUAAAGACCUACAUACGUUUAAAAAAAGGCUAAAUAGUUCUCUGUGAAAGGGACUCACUAAGUAGUCAAGAACAAAGAAGAUGAUGUGAGUCCACUGAACACACUUUUAUGUAUAAAGUGCCAAAAAUAUGAUAAAGGCAGCAACAGAAGUGGUCCCAAAUGGUUUGCUUAAGAAAUGUCAGGUCUUGUUUAACAUCGCAGCAGAUGGGCAGUCAGUCAGUGUCCCAAGCAAGAGCCAAUGCUUGAGUCGGUUUUGCUUAAAGCUGCGUGCACGAAUAGCUAAGCAAGAUUGUUUCUUGGAAUUUUUGCAGUUAUAUGGUCAUUCACAUGAAUUCAUCUUAUCUUGGGAAUUUCCCAGUUUUGGAUAAGUAAAGUCUGUCUGUCUGUCUGUCUGUCUAUCUAAAUGUUUAUGAUACGCAGACAAAGUACUCUAAGGCAGAUCACUACAAAAUGCCACAAAUUGACCAAAUUUAUCAAAUUGGCCACUUUAUUAUUAAGCUGCACACUCUGAGAAAACACUAGGCCCACAUUUAACAGUUGACCCGCUCUUAUUUAUUAACUCGUAUUUCUUUAUCAUUUGAAACAAAUCUAAACAUACAAAAUAAAACGAUGAUUCUGAAGAGAGGUGACUAAGAUCGACUGUACUGUACUGAGAAGAAUAAGUUUGAGUUCAGGCUUUUUAAAUUGAGAAUCACCUAAUUCUACCAUUUUUGUGGGCAAAGUUUUAUUCAGGAAAAGAAGAUUAAAUCAAGAAAGAGGGAUAAGUAUAGCUAAUACAAAGUUUCUUGGUUUCUAUGCAGUUCAGAUCUGAUUUUUCUGACCAAUCAGUGACAGCUUAUUGUUACUCCGCCCACAAAAACUUUGAACCCCUCUCUGCAGCUACACUACUUUUCUCGAAGAAGAGAAAAUGAAAAGAGACUUUCCCCGAAGCGUUCAGGAAACUGAUGUGAUAUUUCUUCACACACUGACUGACAGACUAACAAACUGGCUCCUGUUGCUUCUUGUAAAGGUGUCCUGGCACGAGGUGUCAGCAGACCAGUGUGGACGUUCCACGAUGUGAAAGUGGUGAUGGGGGAGUGACAGGGACCAGCCCCCCCAGGUCACCACACUCCCCACAGACAGACCUGAGGGACCGCACACCCUCUCCACCCUCCGGACCAAACAACACCAGCGGCAAUGGGCCCAUGUGGACUGACGCCGGCCUCGAUAACCCCGCCUUUGAGGAGAGCACAGAAGAAGACAGUGAGUGGAUCUACUUUCUCUAUCCAUACUUAAAGAUCUGGAUGUGUGUAGAUCUGUGCAGUGCAUAUGAGACACAUCUAUCCCUCUUUGUCUCAAGGUGUGUUGGGGUUGGAGUGUGUGGUCCCCAGGGUGAAGCGGCCCCUCAGUAAUCCAUGCAUCCACCUCCUCCGCUCUGUCAGCUCCACUUCCUCUGGCUGGGACUGCCCUGAGUCUCCGCCUCUCUCUGCUGAAGAAGGUAUGACAUCACCCCCUGCUAACACAAGAUCUGAGAUAUGAAACAUUACAUUUAAUCUCUCUUACAGCGUAACCUUAGAUGAUGGCAUAAUCAUAUUAUGGCAACGUCAUUUUAGGAGGAUGUGGAAAUUAGAUUUUGAAAUACAGCUGUGUAAUAUGAUUUGUUUGUCUAUUAAGGCUGUGUGAAGCUGCCCUCGCUUCCUGAAGGAGAGAUAACUGCCAUCGAGGUCCACCGAGCAAACCCAUAUGUCGAACUUGGCAUCAGCGUUGUUGGGGGAAACGAGACGCCGCUCAUUAACAUCGUGAUUCAGGAAGUGUACAGAGACGGGGUCAUCGCACGGGAUGGGAGGCUGCUGGCCGGAGAUCAGAUACUGCAGGUGGGAGAUCUGUCAUUUUGGUUUCAGCGCUUCAGAGAAGACUGAAUCAUGACUGGAUAUUCUUCUUCUCUAAGCCAUGCUGAAUUUCUUGUGCUCUUGCUCCUAAAUCCGCCAUCUGGUGUUUUUGUACCCUCUCUAAAGGUGAACAAUGUGGACAUCAGCAACGUCCCCCACAGUUUCGCUCGCUCCACGCUGGCACGCCCCUGCACCACUCUACAGCUGACUGUGCUCCGAGAGCGUCGCUGUGCCUCCAGGGCUCCUCCGUCCUCCUCCUCCUCUUCCUCCACCCCGGCUGUGCCCCACGCCCCCUGCUCCACCCCCGAGGCUGCACCGUCAAGCCCCGCCACAUUGAGAAUCACUCUGCACAAGCGGGACUCGACAGAGCAGCUCGGCAUCAAGUUGGUGCGGCGGACAGAUGAGUCAGGAGUGUUUGUGUUGGAUCUGUUGGAUGGCGGCCUGGCAGCAAAGGACGGAAGACUGCGGAGUAACGACCGAGUGUUAGCAGUCAAUGAACAGGACCUACGCCAUGGCACCCCGGAGCAGGCUGCACAGAUCAUACAGGUGAGGUCUUCACCAUUUCUGCGAGUGUGAACAUGGACAUGAAGUCCGUAAAUCACUGACUCUGUAUUUUUAGGCCAGUGGAGAGCGAGUCCAUCUGAUGAUUGGCCGACCCAGCAAACCCACUCCUCCUCCUCCGCCAAAAUCAAGCUCCACCAGAGACCUCUACUGCCUUGACCACUUCCUGCCUAACCACAGCUCCACCCCGAGUCCUGUGCCCCUGCACCUCUCCCGCACCAGCACCCACAGAGUGAGCACAACAUGUCUUAUUUGUGUCUGUCUGUAUGUUACUGUCUUUGAGAACAACAACAGAAAAAUGUUGAAUCUCUGUUGUUUAAACGGGUAAAACACAGACAUGUACGUUUAAAGAGGAAGUAGGUUAGAGACCAUUAACUGGAGCUGUGUAUGUGUGAUCCCAGGACCUUUCCCAGUGUGUGACCUGUAAGGAGAAACACAUCACUGUGAAGAAAGAGCCCCAUGAGUCUCUGGGCAUGACUGUGGCAGGAGGGCGGGGCAGCAAGAGCGGAGAGCUGCCAAUCUUUGUGACGAGCGUCCAACCGCACGGCUGCUUGUCAAGGGAUGGACGAAUCAAACGAGGCGAGCACCUCCUCAGAAACAACAACAGGAAUCAGGAGAGUUUCACCUUGAUCAAAAACCUCUUACCAUUCCUCUUCUCUUCGUCUUUAGGUGACGUCCUGCUGAGCAUCAACGGCCAGGACCUGACAUAUCUGAGCCACGGUGAGGCUGUGGGCACCCUGAAAGCCAGUGCUGCUUCCCCGUCUGUCCAGCUGCGGGUGCUGGAGGUCAGCAUGGUGGAGGAGCAUGACCACGACGAGCUGCUGCCUCAUACACACGACAGUGACUUUGAUGCCAACUGGUCCCCAUCGUGGGUCAUGUGGCUGGGUUUACCCAGGUGAGCACACAGAUACAGUAGGGGAGAGUGGGGUAAGUUAGGCCAAAGGGUAAGUUGAGCCACCCCCUGUUGCUUGGAAAUGGUUAAAGAAAUUGAUCAUGUGACCAAAUAUUUAGAAGAUGGGCAUCAAUUCAUGGAGUCUGUGAAGGUGAGAAGCACAUGGGUGAAAGGGUUAGACAUUUAUUUCCAAUAAACCAUUUUUCACUCUUUAAAGUGAAUUUAGUCUGUCAUAAGUUUGAUUAGAAUUGUGUUUAGACCAAAAAAGAUCAUUUUAAACUUGUUUUAUACAUCAAUUGUGGUAUCUAUGAUCUACAACAUGAGGUCAAAAACCCAGCAUAAAAGUCCACCCUUUUAGCUUAGAGGACUAAUGAAGUCAUAAUAGUAGUUCUGGGGUAAGUUGAGCCAUUUGGCCGGGGGUAAGUUCCACUCAUUCUGUUGGUUUGCAGGGAUGCACAACAUCUUGAAAUAUUUGCAGAUACACUAGUUAGUGACAAAACUAUGAUUGUCGUGAUGUAAUGAUCUGAAAUGUGAAAAAUGGCUCAUCUUACCUCACUCUCCCCUACAGCUCUUCUGCAGUGUGAGUUUUAAUAGGAUUGUAUAUAUAUAUAUAUGUGUGUGUGUGUGUGUGUGUGUGUGUGUGUGUGUGUGUGUGUGUGUGUGUGUGUGUGUGUACUUGUGCUGAAAAUUUUCUAAAAAUCUACUUAAAUAUUGUGAGAUUUUUUUUUUUUUUUUUAGAUUUUUUGGGAUUCUUUUCUCAUUUCAGUCAUUCGGGAUUCUGGCCAUUUGAAGAAAAUUUCAACUAGAGAAAAUUUAGCCAAAUCUAAGAUUUAAGAUGUCAGGACUGCUCUUGUUUCCCUCUGAAGAUCCCUGGAAGAAUAAAAUAUGUCAUUAAAAGCAAAUUUGACUAUUUGAAUUUGCAAGACAUAAGAAGUGAAUUUAUUUAGAUGUCUUCAAACGGUGGAUUUCAGUAGAAGUUGUUGUUUUGCACAAUCUUUAUUUGUUUUAUACAAGCAUAAAUGUUCCUCUGCUAGUACAGACUUAAUAGGUUUAAGAUUCAUCCUGCACAUUUGUUUUACUGAAGCAGUCUUUGCCUCCUUGAAGAUGCUGUCUGCUCUUAUAAUCUGAUCAGCCCACCCUCAUGCAGCUCUCCUCUCUUUUCCCGCAGCUAUCUGCACAGUAGUCAUGAGAUUGUUCUGCGUAGGAGCCACCCAGGCAGCUGGGGCUUUAGCAUCGUCGGGGGAUACGAGGAGAGCCACGGCAACCAGGCGUUCUUCAUCAAGACCAUCGUACUUGGCACACCUGCUUACUACGAUGGCCGCCUCAAGUGAGUGAUCAGCUGUUAUCUGUGGUUUAUUUUAGCUGUGACCCUCUGGUGCAAUAGCAGGUAGAUAGUGUGACCUACAGGAGAAGAUUGAUAAGAGUGGCGUGAUUGUGGCCACGCCUACAAAGCACAUCAGAGGAACAGUACAGAACAUUUUUGAUUUACUUUAUUUUCUUUCUGCCUCAAAUUCUAACAGUUACAACUUUGUUUUGUAGAUUUAUUUUUUUAUAUUAAAAAUAAAACUUGAGAAAGGGCAGGGUAGACUUACUUUUGGUUUAAUGGCCCUCUGAGAGCUUCUUAACAGCUCUACAUUAUUUAGUUGAACAGACUCUGAACAUAUUUUAGGCUGCCGUCUAUGAAAAACCUUAUUUCAGCCUCUGUCUGAGAGUUUUUGUUUAAGACGACCCCGAAUGACAAAUUUGCCCUUUUAAGGAGACUCACUGUCUGCUGAUGUCACGAUUUGGUCAAAUCUCAUAUUGAUCUCACCUUGUAGUCCAUCUGGGGAUUGCUUUAACACACAUUAACCUUGCAAUCUUAAACUUUGCUCGUGUAAAGUGCUGACCCCCAACAUUUUAACUUGACAUUUGUAUUCAAAAUAUGAAACAAGCAUUAUAGCACCUCUUUAAAAUCCAGACUGAAGUCACGUGUGCUUGUGCAUUCUGCUCUGUCAGUGGUAUCCUGGUAUUGGCAUCAAUUUUUACCAUCCCCACACCUCUGUACUCACAUUGCAUCCUUCCAUCACAUCAAAGUGGUGUUCCUGUGUGUGAUUUUACAACUUCUAAACACACAGCAGGGCACCACAUGAACACACACUCAGGCAUGCAUGCACACAGAGGCAGUGUUUCGCCCUAACGCUCCCCAAGCCACCAUCUUCCUCCUCGUACUGCCUCUGCUAAAAUCUUCAGGGGAGGACCAGAGGCAAAAAACCUCCCUCCAUCAUCACGCUUCUGUACCCUACACACCGCAGGGGAGAUGUGACAAGUUGUUAGUACCCAGUAUGUAAGAGUCAAAUGUGUAAAGUAAAUAAGUAAAUCACACUGAGGGAUUCACUGAUUAAUCUCAUAGUUUGAGAACAUGUCCUAAAGAUACCAGGGAGUGCACUAAAUUAGUUCCUGGAUUUUCUCCUCUGAUCGUCAAUUUUCUGUAUCCUCUCUGACUUAAGGGGAAAAAAAUACCACACAGGCUGUUAUAUCGUAGAGGAUUAAAAAAGAUAUCUAUCAACCUCCUAAGUCCAAAAAAUAAAAAAUUAAAAUGACUUACAAAAAUGAUCCUGUUGAACAUAUUGUCUGUAUAGUUAGUGCUUGAUAAGCAAAAUUUUCAGCAUCGUAGACUUGUUUUUGUUAGUUUCAGCACCUCGGAUAGAAAUUUUUACUCGUCCUAGUGCGUUUAUUAUUUUUUUUAACUAACUGUGACAGAUAUUUGGUUUACUAGCACAGAAGGUGUGGGCAGCUAGCAAAUAUUCCUGUAUGAAGAGCUGGAACCAACACAUUUUCAUAUUUUCAAAACAGAGUGUACUCAAAAAUGACUAAAAAACAGUUUUCAAUCCUUUUACAGUCAAUAAAAUUAUCAAUCUCAGCCCAGUGUGUAACCCAUGGCAGCUUUUGCUCAUAAAAACUAACUUUGCUUCCCUCCUGUCUUUCCAAACUCUUCAAAUCUUUGUAUGAUGUUCUUGAAUAGAAAGGUUCUGAUGUCCUGACGGUUAUCCAUUCUGACUCCUCUCUCUAGAUGUGGUGACAUGAUUGUGGCAGUAAACGGCCUGUCGACAGCGGGAAUGAGCCACUCUGCGCUGGUACCCAUGCUGAAGGAGCAGCGCAGCCGGGUGGCGCUGACUGUGGUCUCCUGGCCUGGCAGCCUGGUGUAACUGGGCCAGAUCCUUAUCAUGCUGAGUCCACCCAGAAUGUUCUAUAUCGGGAACAACCAUGGCCAAAGUGAACUGGUACACGCCACUGUACAUCGCUCCAUACCGGGCUUAAUCUAGGACCAAAAGCAUCCAGAACUGUAGUAGACCCAGCAGGACCGAGCCUGUCCUGACCAGGUGGGACCUGAUCCAGAUCGUGCCACGUCACUCGACAGACUGCACUCACACUCACUGCUGAGUUCAUAUGGUCAUGUUGUCUUCACUCCAGCAGGGAGGAAUGGUACUGCAACUGUUAACAGGCUGUGAUCUGUGCUGUAUUCACCUCACCAGGCAGUUGUAGAAUCCAGGGCUGUAUUCAGGUGGAUGCAUCGUUGCAGGUAGAGAUAGAAUUUAAGAAGUAGCCUGUGAUCCUUCGUCAUCUAGGAUAAUGACCUGUAAUCUCUCUAAUCAAGAUUGUCUGCAACACCAGCGCUGUAUCCAGCUGAAUAAGCCUCAGGCCUUAUUAGAAAACCUGCCGCACCCUUGGGGCUCACCUGCCCUUAGGCCUCAUCACCAUGACAACCGGCUGUCCAAUCAGCUGGAAUUUUAUACAUGUGUGUGAAUGUGUGUUCUGUUUGUUAAAUAAACAUUUCCGUCAGAGGAAAA